GCCAUUCGCACAGCAAGCCGUCGGCCUCCUUCUUUAGGUCAUGUUUCAAAUUUAGUGAAAACAUUUCGUCACUAUGCCUCCUCCCACCUUCACAUCCUCCAAUCGUCGUAUGACGGCAAACCCGCUUAAACCCGUAAAAAGAUAUCGACCCGGAAAGCCCAUAGUCGAAGAAAGAGAGUCAUCAGAGGAAGAGGAAGAGGAGGAAGAGGGGACUGACGUUGAAGAGCAGCAGAAGGAGCAAGGGCGCAUAAGGCAGCAGCAGGCUAAGAAACCGCCGCCGCCGAAAGCUUCGUCUUUCCCGGCAAGAGAUACGAAGCAGAUAACAAGUGGUGUGAAAGAGGUGACGUUACAAGAAAAUGAGGACGAAGAAGGGUUUGUGACUGAGGAAGAAGUUGAAGCAGCGCCUCUCAGACCCACAACGGUUACCAACCAUGAGCAAGCACCUCCGGCUGUCAGCGAAAGUGAAGAGAGCUCGGAAGAUGAAGAGUCGGAAGAUGAAGAAUCAAGUUCUGAAGAUGAGGGCCCAAAGCGACUGCUUCUAAGACCAACGUUCAUCAAGAAGAAUCAACGUAAAAAAUCGUCUACCCCUGGUCCGGCCCUUGCCGCAACAUCGGCCGCAGAUGAAGACGAAGUAGCGAUUCGCAAGGAAAAGGCAGAGCUGCUGAUCCGCGAUCAAAUAGAAAAGGAGGCGGCCUCCCGAGCAGCGCAGAAAAAGUCAUGGGAUGAUGAUGACGAGACCGGAGCAGGUAUAGAUGAAGAUAAUAUUGAUGACACUGAUGGUCUUGAUCCUGCGGCCGAGUUAGCAGCGUGGAAAUUACGCGAACUUAAACGAGUUAAACGCGAACGUGAAGAAAUCGAGCUCGCCGAAAAGGAGCGUGAAGAAAUCGAACGCCGCCGAAAUCUCACUGCUGAAGAGCGAGAACGAGAAGACCGUGAAUUCCUUGCCAAACAAAAAGACGAACGGGAAGCGGGUAGAGGCAAAGCGGGCUUCAUGCAAAAAUACUUCCACAAGGGCGCUUUCUUCCAGCCCGAUUCUGAAAAACAUGGUUUGACGCAACGAGAUUUGAUGGGCAGCCGAUAUGUUGAUGAAGUUCGCAAUCGUGAAGCGUUACCACAGUACCUCCAGGUUCGAGAUAUGACGCGGAUCGGAAGAAAAGGAAGAUCAAAAUACAAAGACUUAAGGACUGAAGAUACCGGCCGCUGGGGCGUGGAUGCAUAUUACCGCUCUUCCGGUCCGGCAAACAGUGCCUCUCGAUUUGGAAUCACCGAUGAGCGAUACUUACCUGACUAUGACAAGUCCUCCGGCCCCACAGGUGCAAAUGCCAGCUCUGUAAGAGAAAGGCCAAGACGGCGAAGCCAAAGUCGAUCUCCUCAUAGGAGGAGAUAUAGAUCCAGAUCCCGGUCGUUAUCGAGAACUCGUAGACGACGACGUUCUCCUUCGCUCUCGAGAUCUCGGUCCCCUCCUAGAAGAGAUCGGGACAGGGACUAUGAUCGGAAUAGCAGAAAACGGAGCCCGUCGCCCUAUCCAGAUCGUGAAAAGAGGCGGCGGGUUGAUAUUGCGGCGUAA